GUGGCAGUCACGAAGUAGCAUGGCGGCGACCAAGCUCAUCUCGACGCUGUACAUCGUCUUGCUCCUCACGGCCUGCCUCCUGCUCGUGUACCUCGUCAUCUUCUUCCAGCAGGGCUGGGAGGCUGUCUUCAUCAACGACGUGCUACUCGUGCUGCUCUUCGCGCCGGCGCUGCUGCUGCUCACGCUCGUGAGCUUCACGUCGCUCCUUUUCACCAAGCACCCGAUGGUCACGUCCAUGCCGCUCUUUGCGAGCUGCGGGCUCUGGGCCAUGCUCGUGCUGUUUGGCAUCUCGGGCUCGCUGGACGCGUCGCGCACGAUCCGCCACGCCAGCGCAGUCGAGGCCGCGCCGUCCCACGAGCUGCCGCUCAACAGCACGUUUGGCCACGUUGACAUGCCACGCCAAGCGCGCUUCGACCACAUCUUUUGCGACGCCCAAGGCCACAAAAUCUGCGACGCCUUUUCGCUGACGACAACUAUCGCGCUUCUCCAACCGCGGACGCCGUACUUUGGCAACCUCAGCACCGCCGACGUCAUGGCCCUCUUCCCGAACGCCCCGACGCUUGAGGCCGUUUGCGCGAGCGGAUUCGCGAGCGAUGAGCUGCCGCUGCUGCCAGCGCUCUGCGGACGUUGCAGCGCACUGGACAAGGCGACCGCCAAGCUGGCAGACGUGCGCGACUGGCUGCGUGCGCAGUGCCCGCUGGAGGUCGGUGAUGUUCGCGCGGUCUACUGCGCCGUGUACAGCGUACCUGGUGUGUGGAGUCGAAAACUCUACGAGGAGACGCCGCACCCGUUCCAAGGCGAGUGCUACGGCGCCAAGAUGGCGGUGCUGCGUCGGGACCACGUCGAGGGCGUCGGCUACGUCGCGCUCUUUGCGCUCCUCGUGACAUUGGAGCUUGUCUGGCUCAACCGAAGGGUUGUGCUGGACCUUGUCAAGCCGCCUCUCCACGACGAAUCGCUGAGCCGCCCGUCGUGGUCCGAGAUCUCGUGAGCAUUGUCGUAUUUUAGUAGCUUAGUCGUAGUGGAAGAAUAGUCUAGUACAAUACAUUUAUUGCUGUCGCACGCG